AAAAGAAGCUAUCCCAACUUCAAAAACCCCCAAAACAAACACAAGCCUACAAAAUGCUGGAUCCCACUGGAACCUAUCGGCGACCCCGCGACUCGCAAGACACCCGCCAAAAGAGGCGACAGGACUGUCUGGAUCCCACCGGGCAGUACUGAACACGGGGAACCCCAU